UUCUCACUGUUCAUCUUUUAGAGCGUGUGUUCCUCAACUUCUUCCUGAAACCCCCUUUUCUUGUGCAGCGGUGACCCAAACUCCAGCUGCCAUCAAGGAUCUGGCCGGCUGGGUAAACAAGAUAGUGGCCCAGCGGCCAUAUUCGAAGCGAAACUGGAAGGAAAUCUCCAAAGGUCGGUGGGAGGCGAAAAACCAUGGCUUGCCCAAGGACGCGGAGAUGAGGUCUUCAAUACUAUGCCCCCUUCCGGUUCCGGGAGAAAAUAAAAGGCCCGGGGAGUCCGGUACGGACGAGCCCCAAAGGAAGAUUAAGCGGACAAAAAGGGCCGCCCGCAAACUAAAAAGCCAAAUCGUCUUGUCCUCCGAGGAGGAGGACGACAAAGAGGAUGACGAUGAGGAGCAGCCGGAGCUCGUCCGCCAUCGAUCCAUUCGACCGGACCCUGAGCCGGUGGUCGAUCCAGUUGAGGCUUCUCCCGAGGACGUGAGGGUUGAGGAUGCUAGUGAACCCUCGGCCCCUGCGCGGGCAUCCCCGGGUACCGAUCACCCGGUUACGUCCCCCCCAUCUUCCUCGACUUGGGGGCAGCUGCCGGACGACAUCCCGAUGAUGGGAGGUAGCUUCGAGACCUUUUUUGAUGGGGUACCCUCCGCCAACACUUUCGGGCUCGAAAUCCCCCGGAAAGACCUUCAGGCCGAAUCAAGUGGGACUUCGGCCGUCGACAAGCUUGUCGAUAGGUUUCCAGCUCCGAGCCUGGACCCGGACUGUAACAGGAUAAUAACUUUUGCUAUCCCCAAAGACGUCCGGGCUCUGGGGCCCCCGGUCGGGGUUGCAAGCUAUCUUCAUCACCUGAUGACGGAGGAAGACCGGGCUGCAACCGAGGCUGUAGAUUGGACAUGCCUUUUCAACGAAGCCCAGCAGGCGCAGCUCAAGGUACUUGCUUCUUCCUUUAUUUCUAAUAUUUUUGCCUUGUGAUUCAGUACUGACUCUUUAGACUUUUUCUUUGCAGGCAUCGGUGCU